UCACGUGAGAAGCGAAACGGGAAGUUGCUAAAUCGCAUUCUUUCCAGACAUUUCAAGCUGACUCUAUUGAGGUUGUGGGCAGGUUUUUUUUUGUUGUUCCUUGAAUAGUGACCACCAUGAGAUCCGGAAGGAGUAGCCUAUAAACUAGCGCUGGCAUUGAACUGUGCGGAGCUGCUGGCGUAGAGAUCGGCGCAGAUGUGGUGGUUUCUGAUCGGGAGUUCGUGCUUGCCUGUAACCCUCAUCAUCUGGUCCUGCGCUGCUUUUGUCAUCUCGUUCCUGAUCGCGGUACUGACCCGGCAUGUCCCUCCCCUGGUACCCUUCAUCAGUGACACUGGAACCCAGCCUCCAGAAAGAUGCAUAUUUGGGUUAAUGAUAAACAUCUCUGCAUUUUUGGGUUUGAUGGUUAUGUAUGUUCGAUUCAUACUGUUACAGACCUUGACUGAGAGGAUUCCAGUCAUCAGUCCCAGACUAAACAGAACUGCACUAAUAUGUGGAGCACUAGGCUGCCUUGGGAUGUGCAUUGUUGCAAAUUUUCAGGAAACUGCUUUGAGAAUAGUUCAUGACAUUGGGGCACUGCUGUCAUUCGUCAUGGGAACUUUGUAUCUCAUACUGCAGAGCUGCAUUUCCUUCAAGAUGUUGCCUUACCAUCACACUCAUCUGGUUUGUGGCUUUAGAAUAAUGCUGUCGAUAGUGUCCACUGUUGCCGCCAUCCCUAUGAUUGUCUGUUACUUCCUCAGCAACAAUUCAGCUGUAUAUCUGGUACCAGGAGACAAGGGCUAUGGUUAUCAUGUGGCAAGUGCAGUUUGCGAGUGGCUAGUUGCAUUCAGCUUUAAUUUCUUCUUCUUAACGUAUAUUAAGGAGUUUCAGACAUUCACUAUAAACGUCAGAACAGUGUUACUUCAAGACUCAUGCAAUGAAUCAUAAAGUACGUUCCAAAAGACCACUUUCCUCUCCCGAGUCAGUGUGUUCAGGAAACAUAUGGAAAAGUGAAAGCAUCCAUCAAUAUCCUUGUGUUUUCUUUGUAUUAUUUGUACUUUAUUCUAUUUUAAGCCACUUCCAUGUAAUACUGCUUAUCACAGUAACUUGCAUUUAUAUUGUGCCUUUUAGAGUAGUGAAACAGUGAGAUGUCCUUUGCUGGAAUGUUUCUGAGUGGAAACAGGAGACCUUAGGGGAGGUGACCAAAACUUACACAGGUAUGUUUGAAGCAGAAGUUUAUGAAUGGAAUUCCAGUGCUUGCAUCUUAAGAUAUCUGAGAGUUGAGGGGUAUUCUGGUAUCAUCCAACCCUAGUGCAAGUAUAACUCCAGCAGUGAAUUUCCUCAAGAUGUUUUGCUAUUUUAAACUUGCUUUGCAUAUAUUCCUUCAAAAGUAAUCCACCCAGCUUCUGAAUCAUGGUCAAUCAGUCUGCAUCAAUCCAUUUACACAAGAACAACCUGAAUACAAACAAACUGGUCUUAGGAUUGUUUAAACGCCACAAACAUAAACUGGUUAAAUCUUGAGUUCACUGAGCAUUUGGGCAGCUCAUGUAAGUUGGCAGUUCCGUACUUGCUGUGUUCUUGUCAUGUUACAAUGCUGGCUUAGAAAGGCUGCAAAGACCAAGGUUCACACUUACAACUCAAAUGUGAAACCACAGCUGCUGUUCUCAGAGUACUUGAAGCAUGUCAUUGGAGAGUCCGUUCACAGCAACUUUUCUUGUGCCUUUAACACUGUUAAAUAUUCCCAAGGUACUUCAGAAUGGUUAUCCAACACACACUACAAGAGGAUUUCAGUUUAGAAGUAGAUAAGUCUUACUGAGUUAUAAAGGACUUUGAUGAGACCAACCUAAGAGAGUCAGAAGUCACACAACACCAGGUUAUAGUCCAAAGCAGUGCUCUGAAAGCUUGUGUUUUUGAAUAAAGCUGUUGGACUAUAACCUAGUGUUGUGUAACUUCUGAUUUUGUCCACGCCAGCCCAACAUCAGCACCUCAUCAUCAUGGUUACCUAAGGCAGAAUAUACUUGCCACUGAGGAAGUGCAACAGAGGUUCACCAGGCUGACACCAGGAAUGGCAGUACUAUCCCAUGAGGAAAGAUUGGUUCAAUAGUGCUUGUAUACAUUUUUGGAUUUUAAAGUCAUCAAGAGUACUGGAAGAAAGUGGGAAUACAGCAUUGAGUUAGGAGGAUCAUCCUUGAUCAUAUUGAAUGGAGGAGCAGGCUUGAAAGGCCCAGUGGCCUACUCCUGCUCCAAGAUUUUAUAAUUCACACAUUUGAGAAUAAGUCAGGUGGAGGUCUUGGGAUGACAUAUUGGUCAAAGAUGUAAUUUUUUAGAGAUAGUAGGAACUGCAGAUGCUGGAGUCUGGGAUAACACAGUGUAGAGCUGGAUGAACACAGCAGGACAAGCAGCAUCAGAGGAGCAGGAAGGCUGAUGUGGUCUAGGCCCGAAACAUCAGCUUUCCUGCUCCUAUGAUGCAGCUUGGCCUGCUGUGUUCAUCCAGCUCUACACCUUGUUAUGUAAUUUUUAAGGACUGUUUUUAGAGGAGGAGAGGCGUAUGGAGAGGCUUAAGGAAGGAAUGCCAGAGCUUGAAUCCUGGACACUGAAUGCCUGACUAAAAUCAAGCAUGCGCAGGAGGCCAGGACUGAAUGAGCACAGAAAUUUCAGAGUCUGAGGAAAUUUUACAGAUAGGAAAGGGGAAUACCACGGAGGGAUGAGAAAUUCUCUUCAUUCUUUCACAGGAUGUGGGUGUUGCUGGCUGGGUCAGCAUUUAUUGCCCAUCCUGAAUUUCCCAGAGGGUUGUUAUGAGUCAACCACAUUGCUGUGGGUCUGGGGUCACACGUAGACCAGGCCAGAAAAGGACAGCAGUUUUCUUCCCUGUAGGACAUAAACAAACUAGAUGGGUUUUACCCUACAAUUGGCAAUGGUUUCCUGGUCAUCAUUGGACUCUUAAUGCCAGAUUUAUUUGAAUUCAGAUUUCACCAUCUGCCAUGACAAGAUUCAAAUUCAGGACCAGAGAACAUUACCUGGCUCUCUGGAUUAAGUCUAGUGAUCACACCACGAUGCUAUUGCCUCUGAGAUGUUGCUGGAGCAGGAUAAACAGGGAGGGUUAUGGGGUGAUUAAUUUGGUAUGAGUUUGCAUACUGGUAGAAAAAUUAGGAUGAGCUGAGGUUUAAUGAUGAUGGAAAGGGGGAGGGUGGCCGUGGAGCAUUCAGAUGGUUGAGUCUGAAGAGAAUGAAAACAUAGGUGAGGGUUUCAGGAGUAGAUUGGCUUACUUCAUUCACAAUGCAGCGAGAAGCACUUUGCUGGAACACCAGCCUCAUUGGACAAAUGCACCUUUACACUGCAAAAGAUGGCAAAGAGAGCUGCCUGUCACUCUCAAACUCAUUUUCUUGUAGAAAAAUCGCAAUUAAUUGGGUCAGUUUUGAUGUUGGAUCAUUCUGAUAAGUUCAAAUCAAAAUAACUUUGGGGUGGGAUGAGAAUGAAUGACUGUUUUGGACAAAAUUUCCUCCUAAUGAUUCAUGUAUUUUGUGUACAAAUUGUACAGUUUUUAAAUUGAUCAAGAACGUUUUAAGAUACUGUUCAUCAAAUAAUUAAACUUUUAAAAUGGUUGAGAGAAAUUAAAUGGAUAUCUAUUUUUU